AUGGCUGAUUCGACCGCUAUGAGCUUGCAGAAACUCACUGUUCCGCAACUGAAGGCCAUAUGCAAGGAGCGCAAUAUUACAGGAUACUCGAAGCUGGGGAAAAGCGUGCUAAUACAGAAGCUGACAGACUCUGGAUAUGUGUCGAAUACCGCCGCUGGUGGAGCUGCUAUUCCUCGACCAGUGGCAGAAAGUCCGUCGACGAACGCGCAGAUCACACCUCUUGCUGGUACAUCUAAUUUCACCGCCACUGGAAAUUCUCCAGCUACAGCGUCGCUUGCUAGUGCGGCGAAGGACACUCAGCUGGCUCGCAAGAAGAAGACCAAACCACGCAAACAGAAUCCCAAAGAUGGCCCUCCUUCAGCUUAUUCGUCGACUGCACCUGUUCCCCUUAUUAGUACUUCUUCUCUUUCAACCUCCGACUCGGGGCAUGGAAUAACUACCGCAUUGCCAUCCCAUGGUCCAGCUUCUACCACUGCAGACUCUCCUCUGCGAAUAGCUUCGUGUGUACCAGCUCUCUCUGUCAGAUCUUCCGCUACUGCACAGGAUACUCCUGUUUUGCUCUCUGGUAGUGAGCAGUCGUUGGAAAAAGACAGUCAGCUUUCAUUACAACCUGAAAUUCUACCUAUAUCUCAAGGGCAGAAGGAGCGUUCUGUCAUCUCCUCCUCCUCUACAAGUUGUGCUUCUUCUGCUGCUUCUGCUUCUGAUGCCUCCUUGCGACUUCCAAAUUCGAAAACUGGGACAAAGAGACUCCAAGAUACUUCUCUGGCACCUUCUAAGAGACAGAAGUUGCAGCAUACAGUCACCGCCUCCAAGCCUAUUUCAGUACUGCCAAUUCAUCCUUCAUCAACUACAUUCAAGGUUCCUGGUCUUCCUGCCCCUCGCUCACCUCUGUCAUCAGCACCCGUACAAUCACCUGCUAUUAUCUCGUUCCAAGACGCCAUCCCAACGACUCCUAGAGCAGCACCUUGUGGUCGUGUUCGAAUACUGGAUGAACAACCUGUACCUCCUUCCAUCGUAUCUGCCAACCGCUUUAAGCCGCUUAUAGUCAGCAGACCACCCGCCAAGGACACAGCGCCUCAACCUCCUCCUGCGGUACUUUCUGACCACUCAGUGGACGGUCUUACUCAGCAUAUAACCGAUGUACAAGCUGAUCAGCGGCAUAUACGUUCUGUGUUCUGCUAUCUGGACUUUCCACGCGCUGCUGCUGUGCCCAGUCUUGUUCCUAUAACGCUCCCGCCCUCCUUAUCGCAGCGGAAGCGCGUUCAUCGUUGGGCGAUCAUCCUAAGUGGACUUUCGAACGAAGAGCGCCGGCGAUGUGUGCUAGUCUCACGCAUGUUCCGAUAUGCAAGUGAGUUUCUGCCGCUUUCGUCAUUUUGUGGGAUAUGA